AUGGUUGAAGAUAUGGGGACAGGCCUUUUGGAGGACUCCCACACUAAAUCAGGGAUUCCCAUUGAACAUCUUGACUAUCGAUACGUAGAGGGUUGUAAAAAUGCUAAAGAACUGGAAAAAAUUCUCAAAGUGUUAAGGUAAGUGAUAACUAAAGGAAAAAUGUCAUAAGAAAGGAGUUUGUGUACAGGGGGAACAUGCUGGUAUAACAGCAGACCAAUUUUGAUAUAUUAAGCUUCAUACUUGGCUGUCAGAAAUGUAUCAUUCAUCCUUGAACCCCAAGGUGAUGUCGUUUUUAUUUCCCACUCCUCGAAGCCAAGCAUUAAUUUCAUUUAUGGUGAUAAUCUUAUUUCAUUGUCAGUGUCUUUGGCUUUAAAAUUAAAUAAACAUAUAUCAAAAUAAAAAACAGUUGCGGUAUGGAGCAGAACCCAUGAUAUAAUAUUUUAAUGGCCAAUUUUUUCUCAGAAGGUCCUUGAUACUUUAUUGUAAAUCAGGUCCCAGUUGUCCAAAAGUUAAGCUCAUCGACAAGAUGAGGUCGGGAGCGGGUGUCUUAAAGGUGGAAGGGUCUAUAGCGCAAGAGUUCAACAUUGCCUCGGAGGUAUCCAUGGUAACCCAGCGAGCUCCAACCACCCAACACUGUCAUUCUGAAGAAGUUCAACAACAACAACACCAAACGCUUUAUUUGCAUGACCAUAAAGGAAUUACAGUAUUGCAAAAGCUAUUAGUCUAAAUUUAAGUACUAAUUCAACUAAUUAGUACGUGCAAAACAUUACAAAACGUUACAGUUCUCAUUCAUUCAUUCAUUGAUAUUAAUUUGGUUCUUAAUUCAAAGCAUUGCGAGAUAAAUGAAACUACAACAAUCCCUACUUACCUAUGCAAGGGUGGAGGGAGUAAGAGCAGAAACCAGCAGAUAUCUCAAGUUGUGAACUUACAAUGAUCCGCAAAGGUCAGCAAAGCAAAGCAGGCAAAGCUGAGAUAUGCAAUCACUUGUAAGCCCAGGCGGACUUAGCAGUCACCCUGCACAAGCGUAUCUGCCUUGGGCUCACCCGCUGACCCGCUAGUGUUGUCUCGAGGUUGACCUUACCUAACUUAUAAUUUAGCCGCAUGUGGAAAGUGUUAUCCACCAGGCCCCAGUUGUUCAAAAGGUUGAUAGCGCUAUCCAUCAGAUAAAUCACUAUCCAGUGGAUAAGUAUAAGGGAAACCAAUAAUUUAUUGCACUACCCACUGGAUAGAGAUUUACCUUUUACGCAACUGGGACCUGAUAAAUCACCAUUCAGCGGAUAAGUGUUAGUGAAACCAAAAUUUUGCAUUAUCCAGCAGAUAAUGAUUUGUCCGGUGGAUAGUGUUAUCCUCUUUUUGAACAACUGGGCUCAGGGUUGUAGUGUACUUAGUUAUUCCCAAAUGCAGAAAAUUCCAGGGCUCAAAAAGAGUCCCUGACUGGUUCUUCAGGACAGUCAAAUUUUGCAUCUGGGUAGGUCGCUUUUGAGGCUGGCAAGUUUUUUUUUAACUAAAAAGUAGAUGAAGACAACACUUACUGUAGGCCUGAAGAGCAAAAUGUUUAGAGCUGCUUGUCCCAAUUUCAGAUCUGGGGAAGAAGGCUUUUAUCCAGAGCUUAUUGAGUUUACAGAAGAAAGAUUGAAAAAGGUCAACCCUAAGAGGUGAGAUAAUCUGCAUGGUGAUAAUAGCAAUGAUGAUGACGUGAUGAUGAUGAUGAUGAUGAUGAUGAUGAAAACAAUGAUGAUGAUAAUGAUAGUGGCAGUGGUGGAUGAUGAUCGUAAUGUUAGUGCUGGCUAAAACAAUGGUUACACUAAUUAAUUUUGUAAAAGUUUUUUUAAAUUGAUCCCUGGUUAUCAAGAUGAUAAAAUGGACCUGUCUAGACACAGCAAUAAGUAUUUUCUAUUUCUUAUCAGCAAAAGUCUUCGCAAAGAAAACCCCAUCAAGACAUACCAUGAUUUAUCUGCAUCAGAAGAACAGGAAAUAACAGACGAUCUGCAGGUUUGCUCUAUAUUCAUGCAUUCUUUACACAUGGUUUUUUUGUUAGUACUGAUCAUGAAGUAAAAACUGAAGGUCAGUUUGUCCUUGACUCUUUUCCUGAUUCAAGAUAACUUUGUCAAAAAAAUAAAGCUGUUUGCAAAUCUGGCAACUUUUCAAACUGUUUGCAGGAAUGGAUGACAAGUAUCAACCAAGCUGACAAAUCACUGAAGAAGGAAGGUCAGACUGGUGUUAUAGAUAAUGAUAGCCUUCCACCUGUCAGAUCAGCUGUCAGCAGUGAAGGCUUCUCUGGCAAGGUAAAGAUUGUAGUGCAUAUUUUUUCGUCAUGCAUAGGCUUUUUUCAUCACAUGGUAUAAAAGAGCCAUACUGUUGAGCAAACAGUGGGACGUAAAUGAAGGCAAGAUUUUUGUUUUUGUAGCCCUGUCCCACUGUGUUGAAUGUUCAAUAUUGUGGAUAUUUUGUGCCAUUUUUGCAGAAGGUGCAUUGUUGUGUUGGAAAUAAAGAGUUACUGGUAAUAAUUGCUGCAGAUUUGAGUAUAGUUUCUGUCAGUACAAGAUUAUAUAUUUUAAAAUAAGUUUUUCAAGCCUGCUUAAAGUAGUGUCAGAAUUCCAGUAUACUAACAGUAUGAUAGUGUUUUAUAUUUCCAGCCUUUGAAAAAUUUAUUUUCUAGUACUAACUACUUAUUAUAUCAUCGGAGAGAAUCAUCUAACAAAAUUGUGUUUUACUUACAAGCAGCAGCAGCAACAACAAGCUGAUGAAAAGCAGAAAAAACCUGUUGCACCACGAUCGUACCAUGAGUGGGACAGGUAAUUAACAUUUAAGAGGAUAUUUAAUAAGUAUACAUUAAUUUUGUGACUGCCACACAUGGAUGCAUGAAUACAAGAGUACUUACCAUUAUGUGAAAAGCUUUGUCUCUUAGUUUUGAGGCUAACAUUUUAUUUAAACAUAUAUCAACAAUCUUGCAACAAUCAAGGCCAUGUGACUACUAGUAGUCCCUGUUUAGUUGAGUGAAAGUCUAGGAAUAUCAAUACCAAGCGUACACUAUGCUAAGAAGUUUCUCCUUUUCAACAAAGGUUUGAUCCUGACAAAGAGAUUGAAUCUUUGGAGGAGAAGGAAAAGAAAGAAAGAGAAAAGAAACUAGAGAAUGCCAAAGUAAUGAGUGCAAGUUCUAUUCCCUCUAAUGUGGAUUUAAGAGGUAAGGCUCUUUUGUAUGUUUGUGAUUUGAUGUUAGUAGCUGUAAGUUAAAACUUUUGUUAUUCUCCAAACCACUUUGCUGCUAAUAUUUAAAGUUUUCCAAUAAUUAUUAUAAUAAAAAAACAACAACAAUAACAACUUUUAUUGUACUCAUUCAUGGUGAAAAAGAAAACAUUAAAGUCAUCAACCUGUGAUAGGGGGCUUAAGCAAAGAUGUUUUUGAGUGAUGCACAUCAACCAGAAGAGAGACCAUUUCCCCCUUACUAAUCCUUGAGGGUUACCAAAUUUGAAAAUCAAAUUUUUAAGUGUCUUUACCAAAACACUGCCCAAGAAUGAACUUCCGAAAUCCACUUCCGGAAUAUGUGUGUUGCUAAACAAUGUCUUCACUUAAACUCCCUAAUAUAUUUUCUCAAGGUUCCCUUAGUUACAUGUAGUUUUAUUCAAGCAACCAUGUCUGGUGAUCAUUUUGUUACUUUGGAAAAAAUUUAACUCAGAUCACUCUAUUCCUUUCUCACUUCUGUUAGAAGGGUGUAUUUAAAGUGAUGUUUCAGAUGACUAUAAUGAUUUGACACUACAGGCAAAUCUGAAACUGAAAGGCAGGUACUAGCGAACAAGGAGAAGGAGAAAGGAAAUGAAGCAUUUCAAAGUGGGAACUACAUUGAAGCUUUGGCAUACUAUUGUCGCAGUAUUGAAAUGAAUCCCAGAGCAACAGCAGUAUACAAUAACAGGGCACUUGCAGGUAAGUUAAAAGAACUUGAGGAUUUAUCUGUAAAAUGACAUAAAUGUACAGUCAAUAUUGGACAACUCUUGAAGCCCAACAAUAAAGACAAGUUAUAAAAGCAACUCUGACAUCAGAGCUCAAAAAGAGUGAAGUCCGGUUGUCCAGAGGACAAGUGGAAUUUUCUGCUGUGCUGGGCAUCCAAGUAACUUUUCGUUUUCACUUACCUGAAGGGCAAACUAAAGGGCUCAGGCAAGUCAUCAGCCAACUAAAAUGUUAAAAAAGUAAACUAAAUUUGCCUGGGGCAGGGGAAAUUUUAAAGCUGUUCGUCUUAAAAUGGCAAGCUGCAUUAUUCAAGUUUUUUAUUGAGCCCUGUGACUUUAUUUUAUGAUUGUGCAUGUCCCUUGCAGAAAUAAAGCUUGAAAAAUUCCAAGAAGCCGUUGAUGACUGUAACAUGGUCCUCAGUGCAGAGCCCAACAAUGUGAAAGGUACAUGUAUGUGAACUGCAUGUGAAGGGUGACUGUGUAGAGUAAGAUGCUAAUCACUCCUGAUGUUAUAGCAAAUCUUCCCUUUGAUUUGAGGCAAAUUUAAAGGAGAAUUCAGUGGCUUAUCACAAGUCACCUGGGGUUUUAAUCCAAGAACACCUUUGCAAGCUUCUUGCAAGCAGUGCUGUAGAGUCAGUAACACAGCAUUACAUGAGUAACGCACAUUUCGUACGGGUUGCAAAGCCGUGGACAAGAUGAGGAGGAUGGGGGGAAUGGAAGACAAGUUGGAGAAAAUUUUGGUAUCUGUAAAAAUUGUGUAAUGCUUUGCAUAUGCAAUAUGAUUAUAUUAAAGAUGAUCAGAGCUACCAGGGAGACAAACAAGACAUUUUUACAAGGUAUAAGAGAUGGAAGAUUAAUAUUCCACCAUACCCACUUUGACUGCCUGGUUAAGGUUGAGAAAUGUUAAAUCUCCUCCUCUUACUUUCUAGGCUGUGUUUAAGUAUCAAAAUAAAACAUCAAGUAUUACAUAGUUAAGCAAAGGUGUUUAUUUUUCAUUUAGUUUUAAUGUUUUGUUAUUGCUUUUUUAAAAUCUUUUUAUAGCUUAUCUCAGGAGGUCUAUUGCUCAGAGAAGUCAAGGGUUAUAUGAGGAGGCAACAACAGAUCUUUAUAAAGUACUUGCAAUUGAACCAAACAACAAAAGAGCCAAGGUUGUUGUUAAAUUAAUUUAUUUUACCAUUUAGUUGAUAGCAAUACUUCUGCUGACAUCACCUAUUUAAAUGAUAUUAAUGUGCCAACCAGAAGCACAUUGGUUCUUGUAACAAAUGAUUCUUUUGUUCCACUUGUUACAAAUUUGAGAAACGAAAAUGAUGUUUGCUAACAGUGAUGUCUCCUAAUUUGCUGUACAUUAUGGCUGUAUUGCUUUUGCCAGUUCCUCAACUGAACCACUGUGUUCUCUUAUAUAAGGGCAUCAAAAUAAUGAAUGUAGUUCUUAGGUGGCCAAAAGGUUUUGUUAAAUUAAUUUAUAUCAUCAUUGAGUAAAUUUUGUAUUGCUGUAUGGCUGUAUUGCAUUUGUCUUGAAACUCCUCAAACUGAAUCUGUGUGUCCUCCUUGCUUUGCCACCAUGGAUUAGGCUCCCUAAUGAAUGUCCGGACAGUUUCAUUCUCUUUGACCUGUAUGUAUUAGAGUAAUGCCUGGUUCUCUUGUGCCAUGGACCUACCUGGGACGUAGCCUCUGGUACCACCUAGGAUACUGUUUGGACGAAGGAGAACAUGCACUGCCGGCAACGAGAGCUAUUGCAGUUGAAGUCAACUUUCCAGGUAUGCUGACAGUGAAGACUGGGAUAACCAAUGUUGCUGGCCACUUCUAUUCUGAUAUCAGAACAGUAUCUCAGGCGGUACCAGUGGCUGUGUUGCAGUCAGACUGUAUUUCUACAGUAUAUGAGAACAAGGCUAAUAAGUGGAGGAAGACUGCUGUAGAUGGAGUUGAUGUUGCUUAUAUGAUGUACUGAUGAUAUUUUAACUAUUUUCUUGCACAGGAAUUGCUUGGUGAAAUGAAGAAAAAUGAAAGGUACUUUCUCAUGUAAUUAUUCCAAGUUCUGGUGUAAAUUCUAGAAUACAGGCAAAUGGAAAAUGUGAGUCUUAAUUAAGUAACUUUACCUGUAUGUCCACAUUUUUCAGUGAAGAUGAAAGACCAAGUAAGGCAGGAGAAUCAAAGGAUAGGAGGAAGCAGGAACAUACAUCAGUGGAAAAUGAAACAACUUCUACAAACAUUAACAGUUAUAACAAGGAAUCAGCUACAUCUAGAACAAAACCGAAAGGAAAAAGGUUAAAAAUUGUGGAAGUUGAUUCCGAAAAUGAUUCCGAAACUACUCAGCAUUUGAAUGACAAUAUUUGUGCGGAUAAAGGAGAUGAAGUAAAACAGCAUAUUGACAUUACACAUCAAAAGGACUCCAACGAUGCAACAGUUGCAGUGAAUGGUGUAGACUCUCAUCCAGCUGAAAGGCAACCACAAGUAGCAAAGCCACCUGAGUUGCCAGGUCUUGUAAUAAAAGCUCAGGUUGAAGGAACUAGAUUGUUUAAGCUAGGAAGCUACGCUGCCGCAGCAGAACAGUUUACACAAGCUAUUGAUAUCCUUCAAAAAGGUAAUGUGAUUAAAAUUUGGUUUUGAGAUACAGCGUUCAAGGCAGGCCGAGGAUGGCUGACUGGUUGGAACAGUGGACUUGUAAUCUGGAGGACCCGGAAUUCAAGUUCCACACUGGCCACUAGUUCAAUUUGUUCACAGUAAUCCCAAGUUCAAAUCCUCGGCCACACUUGUAAAAUAGCCAGUUAUUGGUUCACCUUGUACCAGCUCGUAUUCUCACUUUGUCAUUUUCCAUUUGAAGUAUUUGUUUUAUUAUCCCUAAACAAACUUCACCACCAAGCCUUGUUUGUGUACAAAAUUCGAUCUUUGCGUUUAUGUUCUUUGUACAUGGGUAUUCUAUUCAACUCUGCUGCCCUCAGAACUCAUCCACAUUGCAAAUUGACAACCUCAAAACAAGUCGUGGUGGUGAAAUUUUCUUGUCUGGGUUAUUCUCAUUGGCUUGUACACUGUAAUUUACGAGUUAAGAAGUAAAGUUCAAUAUUCGGAUUCAGAGUAUAUGGGAAUCUCCUAUAGAAAAAUAAUUAUCAACGGAAAAAGGUUUGUUUCAACAAGAAAGUUAUUGAUAAAAACCCAGGAAUGAGUGUCUUGAGGCAAGAAUAAGUGCUUAUGGAAACCAGCCUUAAAAUUGUGCUGUGCUUUGAGGCAUUUGAAAUAACCUUUUCCUAAAGCUACAGAUGAAUAAGCAGCAGUUUAUUCAAGAUUUUUAUUCAGGCCUUUUUAUCCGCAGAUAAACUGUUGUACCAUUCAUCACUAUGCUCAUUGUUGUGUAACCGUGGUUCUUGUUUGGUGAGGAUGGGUGAUUGUACUGGAUGUGUAACAGACUGUACAGCAGCCUUGAAGCUGAUACCUGAUGCUUUCAGACCCCUGCUUAAGAGAGCAGAAGCUUAUGAAACAUCUGAAAAGUAAGGUUCUGACUGUUAAAGGAGCUAUGUUGCUAUUUUUGGUAUUACUUUAAACCCUUACAGGCACAUUGAAAUCAAAGAUAACUCUGAAAUAAUGGUUCAGUUUUAUUUAACAUUACCCGGGUACUCCUUGUUCUGCCAUGGGUUUUUAUGAGAGAAAUUUCACCUUUACGGCAAACGGCAAAUGACAGACUCAAGUCGAGAAUUUCUGAGAAUAGAAAAACAGUUCUUAUGGAUAAAAAUAAAGUGACACUACUUGUUUUUUUAGUAAAAGUAAAGAGCAGUUAAAGACAAGUAAUGGAAAAACUUGGUCUUGUGGCACAAAUUCACGUUUUGCCGUUUUCUGUAAACGUGACUUUUAAUCUCCUUAAUAGCACUUCACCUCAAACCUUAAGCAAAAGCGCGCUUACCUUUAUCCCUAAAAUGCCAGAUUCUUUUGAAGAAAAUCUUCAGUUUUUGUCUUAAAAGUGGUUUUCCUUAGGAGGGGAUCUUCAGUGCGAUAAAGAUAAUGUCCUACCUUCCCCCUCUAUCUCCUCUGAUUAUUGUUUCGGUGGAUUUUGAUAUUUUUUUAAUCCAGAUUCGCAAAAGCCUGGUCUGAUUAUCAGCUGGCACUUAAUAUUAAUCCGCAGCACAGUGGAGCACAGCAAGGAAAGUUGAGGUGAUUUUACGUCUAGUAAUUGAAUAAUAUUAUAGUAAAAAAAGGACAAUUCACAGAUGCGUGUAACAAUAUGACGAAGGGCCAACGGACUGGCAAAAUUUGCUCGCUAUAACGAGGUUUCGGUAUAUCGAGGUUCUUUUUCAUAUGUUUUACUAUUACUAGGAUGAAGAAAUUUUCGUUAUACCAAGGACUUCUUAUAUAGAGGUUCGAUAUUUCAAAGUGAGUUAAGUUAAGUAAGUUAGCUUUAUGUGUUAUAUCCUGUUUUCUCUUGCGUGGUGAAACUGGUUUUCUUAGAGGAGGAUUUUCCAAAUGGCUGAGGUGUUGGCAAACGGAAUAUAGUUUGAGCUGCAAUGUAGCUUUCCUCCGUUUGGAGGCCAUGGAACCAGAAUCCUUAAACCGUCAAAAUUCAAAUUGCUAUUAGUAUUUUGUCUAAGAUACAAAUAUUGUUGAAAUUUUUAGGGUUUCUAAACACCUUGAGAAUCUUUACGGAUCUAAAUGGAGAGAACAAGUCGCCCCAGUAUCAUCGUCAGCAGUAUCUCGGCCUAUGGUUAAUGGUUCAUUGGUCCACCCCUCCCCCACACAGUCCGUGAAUGGAGUUACAAGUAAGCCCGAUCUAAUUCCCACACAGGCUACUAGUGACCAAACAAACCAAUCGAUGGUUAACCCGAAUAGUACUUCAAGUACAACUCAGUCUACCCCUGGAGGGGAAGCCAGUGACUCCACAACUGCAUCUUCAACCCACGCAGCCCCUGUAAAAGACAGUGUUUUUGCUGAGUCACCAAGUGCUGUUGAUCCAGCUGUGAAGUUUGCGCAGUCUAAAGAGCAGGGAAAUGCUUUAGUCAAACAGGUUAGUAUCAAGAACGAGAAAGUGGUAUUUCUGUGAAACCUGUUAGUGCAGCCAUUAACGGGCCAUAAGAAAUUGGCCGUGUUUACGGGGUGGUGUUAUUUGGGAUUUAGUUACUUACUUACCAUGGAAACGUGAUCAAUGAUGUAUAAAAUAAUUAGGUGAUGUAACUAUGUUUCCAGUUUUUUUUUUCAAAAUAACGACCUUCUUUUCAAUGACAAACCUUUGCACCCUAACAAAAUUAUGUGGACAUACGACGCUGACAAUUCCUCAAUUUUAGUAUUCAAACACUUAGAACUUUUUAAAAUAAGCUGGUUUAAUAAAUUAACAGGGUAUCGAAAAUCUAUAACAACCCAAAGAGGCCACCGCAUCCGGAACUACGCCUUUCGGAACCGUGAUGAGAUUUCUAAUUGCCCGUGCUAGAUUCAGUCAUCAGACAAGAGGGUGGAGCAUACAAAGACAAUUCGCCACUUUAGAAACGAGGAACUCAAAGGAACCGGAACCGAACUAUGUGCCGCAAGUGUUCCUGGGAUCGUAACUUAAAAUUCUUUCCCUGUCCUUAGCAACAGUCCCAGAAGUCUUUGCGAAAGUUAAUUUUUGUGGCUUGCUCCCAUUUUGUUGGAUUGUUUUUUGCAGAACCGUUACGACGAAGCCGUUGCAUGUUACACUGAAUGCAUAGAAAUUGAUCCCGAAAACGUUGCUGUUUAUACAAACAGAGCUCUCUGUUACCUGCGACUGAAUCAGGUAUGUCAUGUAACUCCCCGACAACGAAGAGAAAUAACUGUCAAAAAAAUAGACAUGUUUUAAGUAUUUUGGAAAAAAUUGAGAAGGCAAGUUGAGGCAACAUCAGACUAGAGCACAGCAUGUCUCGUCACAUCACACUACGCAAGUUUAGAUCACAGCUACUCCUCCGUUAGACAUUGAACUCGUUGAGGGGCUUGUUUAAAUUUUUAUUGCAAAGUUGUUUUGAACGUUUCUUUUUUAAAAAUUAAAGGACGAGCUUGCCAUACAAGAUACCACUGAAGCGUUAAGACUCCAGCCAGACAACGUGAAAGCCCUGUUCAGAAGAGCACUGGCCAAGAAGGUUAGUUUGCUCAUGUUGAUGUUUAUAUACGACCUAGAAGAGGAAUACUGGUAACCGGUCGUUUCGAUACAACGUCGUUUCGAUGCAAACUCAAGCAGUGAAAGUGCACAAAAAUUUCGUUCACUUCAAGUAUAGUUUGCGCGUGGACGAGAAAAACAUUUUGGGUGAAAAUUCUUCGUUCUUUAAACCAAGUACGUGGAACUAUUUACACCUAGCCUCGACUGAAUAAAAUUGUAUCGAAACGAAUUUGUAUCGAAACAACCGGUAACCUGAAUUCUAAUGGAUGGAGACUUGUUUAAUUGUCUUAGAAAUAACCUCACAAUACGAGUCUUAAUUGAGGAUGUGACGAUAUAACGUGGGGAAUUUCGUUGUUGUUAAGUAUCGAUUUACAAGGGCGGUAUCAUUUAUAUUUUUCAUAAUAAACCAGGUAGGAGAGAAGUUCUAAAAAGCAUUUGUUCUGUCUUUGAUUUGCAGGCGCUGAAUCAGUAUGACUCGGCUGCUCGAGACUUGUUCCAACUGCAGAAAAUUGAACCCAAGAAUGCCGCAGCUAAGAAGGAACUGGAAGUAGUCCUUGACUUAUGUCGAAAGGUGAACGUUAACAAUAACCGGAGGAUAGGUUUAUAUCAAGACCCGAUCAAACUGAUUUGUGCAAAUGGUAAACGGGAUUCCGGGGCAAAACUUACCAGUCCUAAAUUUUGCUUAUCGUUUACCCAAACCGUAAACCGACCUAUGGUAAACAACCAUAGUCUUGCGUUUUUGGACGAUCAAGUCGUUCCCCAGCUGUGCCCUCAGGCUACUUGGACAGCAGCUGGUCCCCGCAAGAUGGUUUUACUUCAUAUAUGGCCCAAAUAAUCAACCAUUUAUGAAGUAACUACUCGGAAGAGACGCUGCUAACUGAGAGAAAAUGCGACGUUUGGUUGUUCACGAAACAUUGUCGCUUCUUGUGAUAAACUAAUUACUGCCUCUUUAUGACGAAGAUAAGGAUAGACUAACAUUAUUAAAUGUUUGAUGUUCACUUCAACUUUACUAAAAUAAGUUUACUUUGUUGACUUCCAUGUAUUACACGAUUUCUGCGUUGAAAAUUCUCCAUGUCCAAUCUCUCGUGGCGACCACCCGCUGACCAACAAGCUCCAGGACUUUGGGCUAAUAGAAUGUUCUAAUACACGGGCUCUGUCCAAUCCAAGCUGAGGGACUUUAUCUUUUUUCUACUCAGGAGCGUAGGGAAUCCACUGAAAAAGGCACAAAGACGAAGAAAACUAAGAAGGCAAAGGAGAAGAAAGAGCAGCAAAAGCCACAGGUUACCCAGGAAGAGAAACCUCAAAAGUGGCGAAGAAUUACUGUCAAGGAUGUUCAGUACGAUGACGAGGUAGUUUCUUGUUUACAACGAUCAGACAAAUAAUUUACAAAAUAUCACGUGAUUGACACGCUUUCAGCAUAACCAAGAGAGGAAAAUGAUCCCCUCUGGACGUUAUUCAAAGCUUUAAAGACCUUGCCGCUUUCUGCUCCAGUGAACAAACACAAAGAAAUGAUCCAGAGGCUUGGGUGGGUAGUUUCAUACAGAUCAUUGUAAUUUGCCCACCGGAGCCUAGAGUUGAUGUGCUUGUUGACAGGAAUGCGGGAAAGGUUUUCUUAAGGCUUUCGCGCCUGCUGACAAAGUCCUACGUGCCCCAAGAGGUGGCUCUAACUUCUGAGUCUGUGAAUUGACUAGAAAUUCUCCACUUCACGGGUUCAUAGAGAAGGCUAGGAAGCAGUGUUUUCUUUUGGUACUGCUUAUUAUGCGGCACAAGUGAAUGGACGAAAUCCUCUGGUUUGAUCAUUCAAAUGAAACCUCUUUAGCAGUACUUUACAUGGUGCUAUUUACUCAGUGUCAAUAUAAUCCAAAUUGGAGAGUGGUGGUGGUUGGGGGGAGGGGGGCACUUCUGCACUGUGUGGUUUGAAAGGGUUUUUAAGAUAUGGUGCAGAUAUGAGAUUUCAGUAGCAAUUUCAAGACAGAAUUUUUCCUUCUAAAAAUGGCAGCCAUUCAGUGGGAAGAGCAUCACCAUCCAUGACCUGUUUUGAAGGAAUUGAGAUUGUUUUUAUUUCGCAGGAUGAUGAGCUGCCAGUCUCUCAAGAACCAAAGGAGCAGUCCUCGAUCAGACAACCAGACAAAAUCCCUCUUAAUCCCAGUGAUAGGAACACAGGAAAACCAGUCAAGCUUGUCAAGGUGUGUUAAACCAUGCUACCCUAAUCACGUACCUUUACUACGAACACGAGUUUGUUCUUGAAGUAAACGAUGAUCACACAAUCUGAUACUGAUUGUUUUCCUAUUUACUAUUGUACUUUUUUCACCACCAAAAUUUGGGUUAACCGAGAAUCACGCCUAGCGAGCGAUCAUAGUUCGAGUUUCAAGUCGGGCCUCAGUUAUGUACAGUCGUCAACUCGGCCCUUUUGUGCGAAGGAACCCUUCCUAGCAAUCCUAACCGAUCUGUGCUUUAAUGAAUAGACUACACCUUAUGACUUUUUUCAAGCCUGGAAUUCGGUGAAAAAGGGAAGCUACAAAGACUACGCCGAUUUGUUACGACAGCUGGACACCAAACGACUUGCCAAAGGUAAGCAACUCUUCUCGUUAACUGGAAGCUGCAGUCAUGGACAAACGUCCUUGGGACAGUACUGCAAUAUUCAUUUUUUUCUUUCAUUUCUCGGUUCCCUCAUAAAACAGUGCAUCCUUUUCGAAAUUUUCUUGCAGUUCUCCCUCCCCCACCCUAUACAAAGUUGAAACUCGGAACAAAAAUUCUGAAUACACGCGUCCAACAUUCUUUUUGGGGUGAGGGGAGGGGUUGGACCUGUGUGAAUUGGAAAACGCCGAAGAAAGGCAAAAGUGUCUCAAGACUUAAGUCCAUGAAUGUACUUGUUUGGAAUGAACGAUGGAGGCAGAUUCUCCACACAGCGAAUUGAACAGGCUUCCGUGGGAAACUGCUCGCGCUUUCUUGAUAGUUCUUCGCUCUUUACCCGACAGCUUUCUCGUUUUUUCUUUGGUCUAUACCCAUCAGCAAACUUAUUAACAGGCUCGGAACCUUUUUCCCAGGGCUCUUCCCUUCAAAGGCGAUGUCAUUAUCGAGAAAGUUAAGUGGACCGUGGUAACCAGACUGGCCCUCGUGCAUCCUCCGAUCCUUGUACAAAGUUAUUGCAAUUACUGUAUGCACUUUUAUUUCAUUUUCUUUGUCAGUUCUCAGCAACAAGCUUGAGGCUCCCAUGCUAAGUAGCAUCAUUGCAGCUCUAAGCCAAGAAAUUGCUCCACAAGGUAACUUAAAAUACCGACAGUUUGCUGUUGUUUAUGUGAGUAUGUAUGUUUGUGACAUGUACCUAGUUUAAAGGCCUUUCUAGCCUGGACCAGGCUCCUUUGGAGGCUGAUUUAGCAACAGAACGGGAACGUCAGUUGACGACGGCGCGCGCAAGUCAAACAACUGGCCUAACUAAUGGCAGAGGGGCAAAUUGGGCACCCGAAGUCGUGUUUAGUCCUUUCCGCGCGCUUUCCCGUCGUCAACUGACGUCCCCGUCCUGUUGCUAAAUCAGCCUAGCGUCUAGCUGGGGCACAGGGCUAUCAGCUGGUAUGCAUUUGGAGUAGCCUGGUUAAAGUCCAGGCGGGUGGGGAUGUUCUAAAGAACCUGGUUUGUGCUGGACCGUGGCUUUGCUGAAAUUUCGACCGGGGCUUAGAAAGCAAAUAAAGAAAAACAUGGCGUAAAAGGCCACAGCCCCUUUCCCUUCUGAAGUCGCUCGCUCGGUAAGAUUGGCUUAAUAGCUAUUUGCGGGCAUACAAUACAGUAAAACUUUAUCUUUUGUUAAUAAAUAAAUUGUUGUUGUUUUUUUGUUGUUCUCCCCGGUAUUUGACUUUUUUUCUCCACUGAGGAGCAUGAUUCCAGGUUAUGGCCUUACCUCCCACUAGUCUCCGGUAGCUCAGUGGUACCACAGGUAUCCCAAACUCGAAAUAUGAGCAUCGGCGAGCAUCAGCAUUGUUGCGUAACGUUCGAAAUAUAAGGAUUUGUAUGGGAAAAAAACCUCUUGUUUCUGUAACCUACGAAAAUGAAAAGAUUUCAAUAAAAAACAGCUUACCUUACUUAAAGUGUUUAUUACGUAGUUUGCGUCUCUCCUGUGUAGUCCACGGGCCGAUUUAUGGCUGUUUUAUGGCUUUUAUGUAAACGGUUUUUUCUCUAUAAAUAAGGUUUACGUUAUAUAUAGAGUUCCAGUUAUAUAUAGGUUACAGAAACGAGAGGUUUUUUUCCCAUACAAAUCCUUAUAUUUCGAAUGUUACGCAACAAUGCCGAUGCUCAUAUUUCGAGCUUGGGCUACCUGUGGUGGUACAGGACCAGUUACACAAAGUCACUGGACGGUUGCGGUUGAGAGAACUCUGAUUUUCAGUGUCACUGACUAAAGAAACAUCAUUUUCAACUUUUGUUUCUGUACUGUCCUUAAUUUAGGGGAGGAAUCCUUGGCAUUUGACAUCUUAGAACAACUCACUCGCGUGGAACGGUUUGACAUGGUGUUGCUUUUCAUGUCAGCAAAGGAAAAGAAUGGUACGUGUUACUCUUUAUUUUGCGAUAUGAAAGGCCGUUUUUUAAAUUCUACUUUAUAUGGCUAGCUCCUAGAACGGGUAAGAUAAAGCAAAAUAAACCGGCUUUUUGGCAAUUAUUGCAUGGUUCCCCGAUCUGUUAUCAGACGUGUGUAAGAUAAUUUUUCACACCAGUCUCAUGGAAACAAACUGAAUGCAGUCAGCUAUUUUAAUGGUACCUUUAAUACGUACAGAGGCCUUUCGAUUUUCCGAGGCAAGUUCUAUGUAAGAAGAACAAAGGGUUUCUGUCCGCACCGUAUUCAUUAUUUCAUUUUGCUUCUUCAACAGAACUUCAGCAGCUGUUUUCCAAACUACAGGCCGCGAGGUUAAAACAGGACUUUGUGACAAACGAAGCAUUUGACCGUUUAAGACAGAAGUUCAAGAUUUGAUUUUUAUGAAAACUUGUUUUGACGAAGUUGACAUCAAAAGUCCUCUCGAAGCCCAAGCAUUUGCGUCGAAACCUGGGCACCAGAACUAGGCCCAGCGCCCCGGAGUGUCCGGCUUUGUGCAGAGUUUGAAUUCAGUUGUGAGAACAUUCCAGACUAAAAGAAUCAGCUGUUCCUUUUAGUCCCUUGUUGAAUGCGAGCGGCGUUAGGGAUUUCGAGCAACCACGAUGCCGACGUCAGCUAAAACGUCUUUUUAGAAAAAGUCAAUUUGCUCUGUUUCAAUCUUUUCGUUAUCAAAUUGUAAGUGAAUACAAAGGAAUUUUCGUAGAGCUGAAAUUUAAAUGACCCCAUCCAAGUUCGUUGGUUUGUCCCCCAUAAAGCGUAACAUUAGGGCCAUUUAUACGAGGAAAAAUAAGACGCGUCUUACAUAAGACGCG